AUGAGCACCGGCGUGCCGUUGAAGUCGGCCCUCCAAAGCCAGACUAGAUAUGCUGGCAAAGUUGAUGAGACCAGAACAAUCGCACAUGCAGCCCAGUGUUGUCUGCAAACCUUGAACAACUGUAUAGGGAUCGCCGAAGAUCUAGGACCCAAGGAGCUUUCCCUGAUCCAGCACCAGGUGGUCCGCUUCUCCCUUUGGUUAUCAAGUAUUGGCGUAUUCGCACUUGACCGAGCGUCGAUCGACUAUCGUCUUCGAGAUUGCUCAGAUACCCACCGUCUCGUCAAGAGUCUUGUGCAAGUCCUCAAUGGCCACCUACAAAAGUGUAUUCCCAGACUUCAGACUUGGAAAAAUCUCAAAGCUGCCGCGUCCGAUGAUUUAAAUCAGCAAAUGAAGAUAGUGAGCAUGGAGCUCGAGAUGGCCGUGAAACAAGCAGCCAAGGAUAUAAGUCUCCUCCAUCAGCUUUCCAACAUAAUCCGUAGAGCAGGACAUGUGUCCCAGAACUCCAAGGCAAAUGUAUUUUUCGAGAUCAAAGAUGCCGAUGGCAACAAGAUCGAGAAGCAUUUCGAAGCUAUAGUUCUGCAAGACCUGACCAACAAGUUCCCGCGAUGCAAUGAGCAGUUACGUCAACGCCUUGCCUCCACCGUCCUUCUGCGGCCGAAGCGUAUUCUGUACCGGAGGUCCAGAAGACCCAUGACCCCUCCCACGUGGCUACACAUUGCAGCUGAGCCAGAUCUUUGCUCGAAAAAAAUCCAGAGCGUGAAUUCCUCCCAGGCGGGGACGACCGAGACAAGCACUACAUUGGACCCUGAAAAGCUCCAGCGUCUAACGGCACCGUCAGCCUUGCUGAUGGAAGAAUGCAUCUCGUCGAAUAUUCAUGACGAUUUAGGUUUUCCACCGCCUCCACGUGCGGCAAUUCAAGACAGGUUUCGAGAGUUGAAAGCCAGCCGUCUCGCUCGGCAUAACGCGCGGUUAUUGGAGAUACCUUAUUUUCAAAUCUAUGUUGCGCAACAAGGCAAGCCGUCUUCUUUGGAUGCAGAGAUCGUGUCGAAUCUCCGGGCACAGAUCCGGGAGGCGGAAAGGGAUUUGCAGAUCGGUCUCGAUGCCGACUUGAAAAUGUGCAAGAACAUGAAGGGGGAGGUCAUUUGUCCAUACUGCCUCUGUGCAUUGUCCAGUACAGACAUGAAAUUCAAGGAGAAGUGGAGGCAUCAUCUAUUGGGUGAUUUGGACGCCUAUGUCUGUCUCUUCGAGGAUUGCGAUAAGCCGUCUGAGCUGUACAACCAGAGUGACGCCUGGUUAAAGCACAUGCGAGAACACGCUUUACGGUGGCAAUGCAUGGCCAGCUUUCAUGGGCCCCAAACUUUUGAUCAACGCGAGGCCUAUGAAGACCAUCUGCGAGAAGUCCACGAAGGGAUCUUCACAGAAGCCCAGAUCCUGGCAAUGACGGAAGCAAAGGCAAGAAAGAGGGUCCCGUUAUUCCUGUCUUGUCCUCUCUGUGGAGUCACAGCAGACCAUCACACGGUGGUCGGCAGUCUGGAGGAUCAUAUCGUAAAACACUUGAGGUACCUUGCCCUGAGCUCAUUACCCUACAUCAAGGAAGAAGACCAAAAUACUAGAUCCACGCUUUCGUUUGGGUCUGAUGACGGUGCGAUACCGGCAAACCGUAGCAGAAUCUUCGACUUCUUGGGUGAAGAAGCUGACACAGCUUUCGACGGUCAAAACAUGGAAAUUAUUCGUCCGCAACUUGUCCACUCGGACCAAGAUCCUUAUGCUGCUUGGGGUGGCAUUCAAUCUUAUGUUCGAGCAUCGCACAAGCCCCGGCCCGGAGAGCCGCCUGAACAAACAAAGAGAUUUUUGUCCAAUACCUUCUUAUGCCCGGAAAUCCCUGGAUCUAGAAAUGACGACGAGCCGUACCCCCAACAGUGUGACGACUCCGCUCGCUUCGUCGAUGAUCAUGACAUUCCUGCGGGAUUGUAUGAAAAAAGGAGUACGCAAUGGGGAUGGAUCCCGAAAAUAACGAUCCCAUACGAGGGUCAAGACGCGGAUCCUAUCCUACAGGGGUUUCGCCGACGUGCUAUCUCCAGAACACUAGCAGAAAAAGCUACAACUCGAGGUGAUUCUUCAGCAACAGCAUCUGGAUCAACUCCGGUCCGCCAGGAGAUCUUGCAGAAAUUCAAAUCCGCCACGAUAUUUCCAGUCGACAUGCCACCCUUUGUGCCAAUAGACGCAAUAAUUGAUGUACUCGACGUGGAAACCAUUUUGACAGCGCUUGUUGAAGCUAGCUGUGAGAGUGUGGGCUCGGAAAAGUGUGACUACAUUGCGGAGAACCUCCUCAGGGUCUUUGCCACGUUGCUGUUUAUUGGGAAUCCCCAAGCUAUCUUGGAAUUUGAGUUCCGAGGAUUUACUGAUGAUGUAUUUCCCCUAGCAUGCGCCAACACAAACCCAGAAGGUAAUGAAAAGGAGGGUUUGGGUUGGUAUAGAACGAUCCAUCCGUUCACAGGUGACCCAAAUGACGAUCUUCAUCCGGUCUCAAGAUGUUUCGAAAAUCCUUCACUGUGGACUUUGGACAAGUUCGAGCAUUUCUAUGCUUCCCAGUGGCUAUUCUCUGCGCCAGUAUUCGGCACAGACAAAUUUGAGUACCUUCUGGCUCCACAAAGUCCUCUGCCUCUCACUACGCUCACCUCGCACCAGGCGGGCGGAGUCCUCUGUAGCCAAGUUUACAUGGCUAGUAUCCACCCAGCCCAUUUAUCUUCCCAGACAACAAUGGAACUGGACCUUCGCAGAUCCGCGGUCGCGGUCAAAAUAUUUGAACUCAAGACAAAGGUGGACAACGAAACACGUGUUGACAACUUUGUCACACGUCCCGACGUCGUAGCAUUUGCCCAAAUGUUCAAAGCCUUCCUCGAAGAGUGUGACGUGUUAUACGCAAUGUACACGAUCAGUCAUGCCCACAUUCUGAAACCUAUCGCGGCUUUCACGAGAGGCGAGCAAUGUGGCUAUAUCAUGCCUCGCGCCAGAGGCAGUCUCCGAGAUUUCUGGGAAAGGCAAGACCCUUCACGGGUUGGUUCUAACCAGAUGAUUUCGUGGCUCUUCAAACAGCUUCUCGGUAUAACGGAUGGCCUUGCGAAGCUCCACGAACACCACUAUGACAAUAAGCCUUUGACCCGUCAUGGCGCCUUGACACCUGACAAUAUACUUUGGUUCCCUAGUCAAGAGUCUGAUAUGGACAUGAACUCUAUGGGACUCUUGGUGAUCGGUGAUCCCGGCCGGACAAAAUUCUAUACAAAGGAUGCCAGCGGAGAUCGCAUCGCAAGGCUCAGGUACACGGCGCGAGAGCGACCGCCAUCACCCUUCCACGAUACCUGGUCACUAGGACUAAUCUUCUUCGAGUUCAUCAUCUGGCUGAUUCGCGGAAAACAAGAGGUCGAGAAGUUUCGCUCUCAGACUGCCAAUGUACACGUCUCCAACGAGGACGACCGCAAGUUCGACAAAUGGGCCCGGCUUUUGAUGGCUGAUGAAUCUUGCCUCCACGGGACACCCCUUGGGGAGCUGGUGCUAUUUAUCGUGCGCAAGGUACUCGUAUGGCAGCGCGAGUGCAGUCAAAAUGAAGGGCGUGCAAGGGCAGUUGAGUUUUCUCAAUGGAUCGAGCAGGUGCGUCUUGUGGUGAACGCAUCAGGGUCCUCCUACACCACCGUGCAACCCAAACUGCACAGGCUUGCGUUCAAAAGGCCCGAAGAGGGAGUAGACAUCAUUUCCUCAGCAUCGAAUGAACAAGAAUCUGGAGUGGUAGGCAAUUCUUCCCGGAAGGGCUCCGAAGGUAAAGUGUCCAACUUCAAAUUUUGGCGUCGCCUAAAAAAACAAGGGAAGUGA